CAUCAUUUCUGAAUUUUCUGAUAACACCGUAAACAAACCAAAUUCCUGUAAGAGAAACCUUAAAUAAUAUCCAAAUGGCCUGAAUUUUACAAAAAGCAAUCAUGAAAUACGCGAAAAUCGUCCUAACCUUACUGUUAUGUUCUUCGACCUAUGUUGGAGACUACAUAGUGUUCAAAUCAAAGUUUUCCUCAUCACAAGUGUUUAGGGCAUUUUCGGAUAGUGCGGUCCAUGCUACUAUAGGGUUUCUGUCUUCGUUGAUCUUCUUUAGUCAUGAGACUAGUGUCAUAGGCCAUGCGAAGCUGUUUAACGUUCUAUUUUGUACGUUUAUGUCUAGUUUUAUAGACGUAGAUCAUGUGCUGGUGGCUCGAUCUUUGCAGUGGAAGGAUCUCACCACUCUCAAGCAGCGAGGCGUAUUUCACUGCACCACCUUCUGGCUCCUCAUCACAAUACCCUCUUUAAUCUACAGUCACAUAUACAAAAAGCUAAACAUAUACAUCCUAACCUGGAUGGUAGUCCUAGCUUACACAAGCCACCAUAUACGGGACGCAAACCGGAGAGGAAUCUGGAUGUAUCCAUUCGGACAUACACCUCCGUUGACGAAGUAUAUGUAUGUGUGUUUAACAGUGGCGUUACCGCAUAUAUUCGGUAUGUUGAGUAGACAAUGGCGGCCAAUGUUAUUGAAGGAUACUACCGUAGAAUAUAUGCUGGUGUAAAAGUUACAAGUCAACUUUGAAUCCUAGGCAAUUGUAGAACCUUUUUGCAGUAAACGUCAAGUGACUUAUAUGGAAAAUAAAGUACAGUGUCAAUUAGGACAAGGUUUUAGAGUGCCCUAGAGUUCAAAUUUGUUGACCAUAUAGGUAUGUGAGUGGGUUAAAUCUUUUUUGUUAGAUUUUAUGCCUUUCAGCUUUGCCACUAGUGAAAAUUGUUAAAAGACUUUUUAUUGAAUUGUAUAUAGGCCAUAAAAUAAAACCAGUUUAUAAGUAACAACUUAGGAGAUGGCAACAUGUGAAAA